AUGAACAAAGUUUUGAAAUCUCAUAAACACAAUAUCUCCGAUAUAAAUGAACUUCAAGCUACAUUAAAUAGUAAAGCGGACAAGAACCAUGUUCAUUAUAUAAGUUCAGACGAACAGAUUAUAACGGACUAUCAUGGAUAUUUAACACAGGAUGAAGAAGUGAAGACGAAAAAUGUUAAUGAAAGAAGAUAUAAAUUCAUUCGUGCUAAAGGUUAUGACAUACACUGUACUGUACAGUAUGACACAGGUAUAGCACCACAAACAUUUGGUUAUAACGCUGAAAUUUAUGCUUCAUACUUCUUUGUUAACGGUGUAUUAGUUGAACCAAGAUUUAUGUUAAGAGUUAAGGCAAAAAUAACUUUUGAAGAUGCUAUUAAAAGUAAAGCUGACAAAAAUGAACUUGACGCAACGAACAAAGUUUUGAAAUCUCAUAAACACAACAUCUCCGAUAUAAAUGAACUUCAAACUUCUUUAGACAGUAAAGCAGACAAAAACCAUACACAUGAAUCCUUCACUACUGUUAGAGCUGAUGACAUAAUACUGAACUUUGACCUUGGUUCAAGUGCACCUUUAGAGAAUCCAAGUACAAGCGUAAAAGAUACACUUAAUAGUUUAGAUAGUAAAUGCACUAAUAUUGAAGGACAUGCCAGAAACUUUGAAGCACAUGAACUACCAGCAAUGUUAGAUAAGAAAGCUGACAAAAACCAUACACACGAAUUCUUCACAACUAUUAGAGCUGAUGAGAUAAUAUUGAAUUGGGCUAUUGCUUCAUCAAGCAUGCGUGCUGAAGAUAUGCACACUAACCUAAGAGAUAUGGUUGUUGAUUUAGCCAAUAAAACCGACAAAAUAUAUGUAGAUGAAAAAUUAAAUUGGUAUGAUACAAAAGCAAUGAAUUAUACAGAAGAAGCAAAGGAAUGGGUAGAUGAAAAUUAUGCAAAGAAGUCGGAAGUAAAUGCUGCGCUUAAUGGAAAAGCCGAUAAAGAGCACGUGCAUGAAGAAUUUCAAACAAUCAAGAUUAAAGAAAUUAAGGCAUGCAUCGAAAUA